AUAAAGGUUUCAUUCGUAGUUCGUUGUCAUCUUUAAUCUAUUAAAACCAGUCGAUUUCGGAAAUAAGUUUAUUUUACUGAAAAAUAUUUUUCAGAAGUUUUUAAGGUAUUUCUCUAUUCCGAGACAAUAAUAAUGACUUCUACUGAGCCCAAUGAUAGAAACGAGGAACGUAGACGAAGGGUCCUUUUGGGGCCUCUACCCUCUGGGUUCCUAAGAACUGAUGGAACAACGGACACACUGGACGCUGAUUAUCAAGCUGCACUUGCUCUGCAACAACAGCUCUGUGGUGCUACGAUGCCACCAGCAGGACCACCGCUAACAGCAAGGCUCAGCGUUACAAUUGCACAGGCUAAGCUUGUAAAAAAUUAUGGUCUCACUCGCAUGGAUCCAUAUGUGCGUCUGCGUGUCGGCCACUGUAUCUAUGAAACUCAAACAGACCCCAGCGGCGGCAAAACGCCUCGAUGGAAUAAAGUUAUACAUUGCUUGCUACCGCCCGGAGUCAACUCAAUUUACUUGGAGAUCUUUGACGAGUGUUCCUUCACAAUGGACGAGCUCAUCGCUUGGACUCACAUUACCAUCCCACAAGCCGUCUUGAAUGGCGAGACUCACGAGGAUUGGUACCCCCUGAACGGUAAACAGGGCGACGGUAUGGAGGGCAUGAUCAAUCUCGUUCUAAGCUAUUCUGUGGGCCCGGCCGCCAUGGCCACGUUCCCGCCCGUGCUGGUGGUGCCGAGCACGGGGAUGGGCUACGCCGCCAUGCCCGUGUACCCGGCGCCCAUGCAGCAGCACAUGGCGCCGCACCCGCAGCAGCAGCACGUGCCGCAGUCGCCGCCGCAGCAGCCCGUCACCGAGGAGCAGUUGCAGCAGAUCGAAGAAAUGUUCCCCAGCAUCGACAAGGAAGUUAUAAAAUCGGUGCUCGAAGCGAACCGCGGCAACAAGGACGCCACAAUCAACUCUCUACUUCAAAUGUCUGAAUAGAAAUUAUAUUCUAAUACAUUAUAUUGCCAGAUAAGAAUAAUUCCAUUCAUCGAAAAUUAUGGCGGAAAUGACUGAAGCGAAUAUGUCCGAGAGUAUCGUGACAUAAAAUACUUGGUAUAUUAUUUCGCUAAUAUUCUUAGACUUUCAUUUAUAUGUAUAAAUGUUGAAUAUAAAUAUAUAAUCUGACGGCACUGUGUCUAUAUAAAAUAUUUUUACUAAAAAUAAUAAAUGUGAAAAUAUCAGAUCAAAAUAUAUUUAUUGAAAAUCUGUUUGUAAUACAAACUUGUUAUGUUAAAUAUUGUUAUGUUCACAUAAACGUUUCAUCCCUGAAGAGUUACUGUAGAUCUUAAAUUUGUGUAAGUACAAAUAUACUGUACGUUAAAAAAAAUAUCUUAGAAGGCGUUAAAGAGUUCGAAGGCGUUCUUAAGUUCUUUUUCUAUGAUGUGAAUAACACCUGUAUGAGGUAACAUUAUGAACUUGUUAUAAAAAUUGGUUUUAUUUUGUUCUAUGUCCAGUUCUCGAUACCUUUUCGUUUUAAAUGUCUAACAAAGAUCUAUAAUAUUUUUUUAUAAUUAUUAUUAAUUUUUAAAAUACUAUAAGUGGGUAACAUAUGUAAUAUAAAUAAUUAUAUAAACUGUAUUAAUAUACAGAUUGUUAGUCGGCGUAGAUGCGGUAUUAAACGGGUAAAUUCCCUUUGUCAAUAAAAGCUGUCAAAAAACGAACCGCAAUCAUAAAAUCAUUUUUAUAGUUCACAGUUCAUAAGCUUUUUUGUUGUACUUGGACGCCUUCUAGUAACCCAACGCCUAGAACACAGACCGUCGCCUUAUAAUAUUGCUCGGUGAUACUUGAGAUGAUAAGUUAUUAUAAAAGUAUUUUAAAAAUAACAAUUAUUUAUAAUUCAAAUAACUCAUUAUUUUUCAUUAUUAAUAUCGAAAGUCGAUCUAAACUAUAUAUAUUUUAUUUAUAUUCGUUUAAUUUAAAAUGUAAUAUAAAAUUAAAAUACUAAAACUUUUAUUAAUAAAAAUAAAAUUAUAUGAUGUAUAUUAAGCUUCGCUAGACUUUGCUAUAUUACACAUUUAUAAACAUCUGUCUAUUGAAAUACUUUUUAUUAUGAAUUUACACAUGAAAUAAUAUGUAAUAAAUGCAAGUCGAAAUUUCAAAUGUAUUAUUUUGUCAUAUAAAAAAAAACCUUUUGUAAUAAAUAGCAACACUUGGUUGUUCUAUGAUUUUGAAAGUAUUUAAGUUUUUUUUUUGUUUGCUUUGACAGUAACAGGAAUGUUUUCAUUUCUGUUUAGCAAUAUUUAAAUUAUAUUGGAAUUAAUUUAAUUUUAUAUCUUUGACAUAAUUACAUUGAAUCGUAUCUGAUAAAAUAAGACUGGUUGUAAACGAAGUCCCCUACAAAAAGGUAAAAAAAAAAAAAAAGUAUCAAUUAUAGCUCUUGUCUAAAAUAAGCUUCAUUUCUUUGCUUAAUCUCCUAUAUAAUAUAUAACUGAGAUCGAAGCAGUGCUUAAAAGAAGUAUUUGUUUAGCAUACGAUCCCAGUAAAGAAAGCUAUAAUUUGUUUACUAACAGCAUAAUGGAGGCGCUAAGACAAACACAGACACAUGAAAUAAUAAAAUUAAAAAUGUAGUUGUUGGUUGUAACAACAUAAAUGAACUCAGGUAGGAUGGUUCUAUUCUAUUUUUUUUAAUUAAAAAUCUUCGAGGCAAAUCAUGGUAAAGAUACAAAUUACUAAAGCCUAAUAAAUUUACAAAUUGAUUCAAAAUUUAUAACUAACAACCAAAAUGUACUAUUAUUUUUAAAAAGUUUAAUGUUUUUUUUAUUUAUUAAAUAAUGAAUUUGAUUUUUUAAUUAUUUUAGUUUUAUGCGUAUCUUAGAAAUCGCAAAUAGAAUUACUAGGCACAUUAAAAAAAAACCCUAAUUUAGAUUGAUUUUAGAACGGUCACAUAACAAUAGAUUUAUUAUUAACUACGCUGAAAACUCUUUAAAUAGCAUUGAUUAUUUAUGAUUAAAAAGAUUUUCAACAUUUGCAGCUAUUUUAGCUUUAUGAAAAUAUUAUUAUAAUUAUCUGUGAUUAUGAUUAUUUAAUUUUUAACUUAUCUUCUAAGAUAUUUUAUUACUUAAUUUUUAAUUAUUUUUUAAAUGGGUAUCGGUUUUAUUUUUACUACAAAUGUCAAAAAAUGUAAUUUAAAUGUUUAACUGUCUUUAUUAUUUUGUUAAAAAUGACCGAGAAAAAAAAGACAAAUAUUUAGGAUUUAUGAAAUUAAAUAAGAUUUAAUAUAAUUUUUCUUUUAAAAUAUGCAAAUAAAACACAAAUAGAAAUCUUCACUUUAAACUAAACACUUAUAGAUCUUACACAUUAAAUCACUAUCAAUGUAAUUAAAUAGAUUUUCCGGGUCAUUAGUGCCUUCUCUUUUUCACAUAGGCGUUUAAAUAGAGAUAUACCAUCAAAGCCUUAUGUCAUGUAAUCGAGUAUAUAAUACGAAAGCUUUGCGGCUGAUUUGUGCCAAAUCAAUUGCCAUCAACGAUUUGCUUGUCUAUAACUAUUGUUGUAUUCAUUUUUAAUUAUACAUUGUAUAAUAAAAUUAUUGUUUAUCCAAUA